CUGCUUCCUCGACUAAUUGAUUUGAAACCGGCUAACGUAGAGAGGUAUCACCAAGGCGAUACUGAGAACAGCCUUGUGUUCAGACUGCGCAUUCGCAUGCACUUAUCCAUCAAACAUCACGGAUAAACAGCUCACACAAAGAAAGCUUACAGCUCCCGUCAAACAUGAAGGUGUAUAUCUCGCUUCCUCUGACAACAGUCAUGUCUAUCGCCUUGGUGGGGCUCAUGAAUAUACGGGAAAAGGAGUACGAUAUGGUGAACAAACAGAACAAGCUUCAGGAUAUCACGCGGAGGGUGACCAACGAGUUGUUGAAAGAUUAUGAGAACGAGAAGGCUGAGAAGCAGAACGAGCUGCAGAAGACCCAAAGUGAACAAAAACUGCUGAUGGACGCAUUUAACAUAAUCGAGGACAGCGCAAAUAAGGCGAAGGGUGAAGCGGACAUCUGCCAGGGAGGCCAGAAAACUGCGACAGAUGAGCUGGCAACAGUGGAGACAGAAUUAAAAAAUCUCCAAGCUGAACUCGACAACAUGAAGAACAGCUGGAAAACUGAAUUGGAAACACUGAAACAGAAACUAGCGGCACCGAGCCCAGUGUGUGGCUUUUUGAAAGUAGGAGUACAAGAAGCAAGCAAGCUGUGUGGCGAUAAAGUGAUUGUGGAGGCCCCUAAACAAGAAGAACCAAAGGCGGAGGCCCCUAAACAAGAAGAACCAAAGGCGGAGGCCCCUAAACCAGAAGAACCAAAAGCAGAGGCCCCUAAACAAGAAGAACCAAAGGCGGAGGCCCCUAAACCAGAAGAACCAAAAGCAGAGGCCCCUAAACAAGAAGAACCAAAGGCGGAGGCCCCUAAACAAGAAGAACCAAAGGCGGAGGCCCCUAAACAAGAACAACCAAAGGCAGAGGCCCCUAAACCAGAAGAACCAAAGGCGGAGGCCCCUAAACCAGAAGAACCAAAGGCGGAGGCCCCUAAACCAGAAGAACCAAAGGCAGAGGCCCCUAAACAAGAAGAACCAAAGGCAGAGGCUCCUAAACAAGAAGAACCGAAAGCAGAGGCCCCUAAACAGUGAUGAGUUUCAACUCCUGACUCGCGGCCUGAACAACCAUCACAGGCCGACCAACACAAUCACAAGCUUCAUCUUGAUCGAUACAAGGAAACGACUAGAUCAGCGGUGGACACUGUUGGUUAUUCCAUGUAUCUCUCCCACCGUGCGCGUGUGUCUCCUUUUGAUCCUUCCUUUCACGGUGGCAGUCUUUUUUUUUUUUUUUUAUUACCUGCUCGACAGUCAGGCUGGGCGUGACAGUCGCCCUCUCCUGUGGUUGGCACGAGCUUAAACAAACACCUGGGAUGGAUAUGCAUCAUGAUCACUUUGCUUAUAUUAUCACACACUGCUUGAUUUCCACAUUAAUGAUAAGCAAUAAGAAACUUAGGCCUAUGUGAUAUUGUAACAAUGCCAUUUCUACACAUAUCAAAACAUAUAAAAUGCUAAAGUAUAAAGUACUUUGAAUUAGCUUUACUCUGACCAACAACUGUAUCAUGCUGCUUACAUGUUUAAUGCAUUAAUAAUAAUAUUCCCAUAAUUCAAAAUAUAACUCUCAGAAAGAGGCUAUUCUGCAACAAGAAUGCUACUUUUGAUACAUUUUGUGCGUUCAUUUAUGUUAAUACUACUAUACUUUUAAGUAAAAAUUGUAAAACCUU